CGGCCAAAUCGAAGCUUGCAUUCAAUUUUGCCUUUGCAUUUCUGUUUUAGGGUUUGGGUCUUCGAACUUUCUCUGAAGCUCCGUUCCUUUCCUUUGCGUACAUUCUCAGUAUUCUUGCUCUUUGACAGCUAAUUUCAUCAGUUUCUUCGCAAUUCCUCUUCAGGUUCCUGUUUGAUUAAAGGAACCUGGGAAUGCUGAAACAUGUGCAUGCAAGUCAAGGCUUUCUUCUCUGAGGUUGAUGGGGUCAUUUAUCCAUCGAGGAUGCCCUGUUGCGUACUUCAUGAAAUUGGUUAUUUAAUUCGUCAACCAUACAGAUUGGGAUGCCCAAUACCCACUGCAGCUUGCAAUGCAAAAGAACAUAUAUACUCGAAGCACAGUGAUAAUGAAGAUGGUUGAGUUUUGUGUUUAAAUAUUAGCAGUUCAUUAUUCCGUCCAGCGGCCGUUGCUGUGACUAUUUUUUUUCUGCGGUAGUAGAUUUGUCAUGGAGAAGAAAGGGGCUAUCUUGAUGCAACGUUAUGAAUUAGGAAGGCUGUUGGGGCAGGGAACCUUUGCCAAGGUUUACUAUGCCAGAGACAUUAAAACUGGCUUGUGUGUGGCUAUUAAAGUUAUUGACAAAGAGAAGAUCUCGAAGGUUGGGAUGAUUGAUCAAAUCAAGAGGGAGAUCUCUGUCAUGAGAAUAGUUAAGCAUCCGAACGUAGUUGAACUUUAUGAGGUUAUGGCAAGCAAAACUAAAAUUUACUUUGUCAUGGAAUAUGUCAAAGGUGGUGAGCUUUUCAAUAAGGUAUCCAAAGGGAAGCUUAAAGAAGGUGCUGCGCGGAAAUUCUUUUGGCAGCUGAUCAGUGCUAUCGAUUAUUGCCACAGUAGAGGCGUAUGGCAUCGAGAUUUGAAACCAGAAAAUUUACUACUGGAUGAACAUGGUAAUCUGAAGGUUUCCGAUUUUGGGUUGAGUGCUCUUGUUGAAUCAAAAUGCCAAGAUGGGUUGCUCCAUACUACCUGUGGAACACCUGCUUACGUUGCUCCAGAAGUCAUUAACAGGAGAGGUUAUGAUGGAUGCAAAGCUGAUAUUUGGUCAUGCGGAGUGAUCUUAUUCGUUCUACUGGCUGGUUAUCUCCCAUUUCAUGAUUCAAAUCUAAUGGAAAUGUAUAAGAAGAUCGGAAAAGGAGAAUUUAAAUUCCCCAACUGGUUUACACCAGAGGCGCGCAGGCUAUUGUCGAAGAUUUUGGAUCCUAACCCAAAUACUAGGAUAUCUAUUGCCAAAAUAAUGGGAAGUUCUUGGUCAAGGAGGGGGUUGGAUGUGAAACCCCGAAUUAAUGCAGAAGAAGUGAAAGAAGUCGAUCCUUCAGAAGUCGAUGCAGUUUUCGGGUCUUUAACGGAGGAUAGAGAUUCUGUUAGAGAGCUGAAGCAAUUAGUGGAAAAGCCAUCGAAUUUGAAUGCCUUUGACAUUAUCUCCUUGUCAGCAGGUUUUGAUUUGACAGGUUUGUUCGAGGAGACUACUGAUCAAAAGAAAGAAGUAAGAUUCACAUC